CGCACGCCCCACAUCCACCAACUCCUACGCUCCUCGCUCACCACUGCAGAUGGAAGUCAAUCAAGAAGGCAAGCGCGCGCUCGCGUAUGCCCCCGAGCCGUCUGCCAAGCGCCCGCGCGCGUCUCCCGGCACGCACGCCCUGCCACAGCCCUUGUCGCGCCUCGGGCUGACGCCGCAGCCCCCCGUCCUCCCGUCGUCGCUCGAGCUCGCGACGGGCACGAAAGCUGACUUGUCCGCGCGCAAAGGCUUUGUAGGCGAGCCCGAGGUCGGAAUCCUCGCGUACCUCGGCGAUCCCGCCUAUGCGGGCAUCCAAGGUGUCAUCAAGCAGAGAUUCACCGACUUCCUCGUGAAUGAGAUCUCGCUGGCUGGCGAAAUUGUGCACCUUGUCGAUAUUGGUGCGCCGGAGAGCGAGGCGCAGGCUGGCCCGUCAAACCCGAAGCCCGAGGCUGCAGAGCCCAAAGGCUCGGAAGGCGAAGGCGCGCAAGGCGCGGAAGGGAAGGCGGAAGGUCCUCUGGGACUGGCCUUUGACCACCCGGACUGGCCCGCCACUGCCACCGCUGCGCUGCGGGAGCACUUCUCCGACGAGACGAUCGCAGCCCUCCAUACCCUUCUUGUCGAGGGCAAGGAUGUGCGCCGGCCCCUGGAUGCCGGUUGGGGCGGGCCGCGGAUAAAGAUGACCGAGGAGGAGGAGGCGAUGAACGUCACCGUAGGGCAGGGGCGUGACCGUGGCCGCGGGCGACAAGGUGGGCGCGGCCAGAGCCAAGGCGGCGGGGGAGGAGUGAACAAGCGUGAGGUCGUGCAACUCAUCGCCGAGAAGGAGGCGCGGGGUGCCGCGCACAAAGCGAUCCGCGAGUUGUUCAAGGGCCGCUUCGAGUCGUUGGCGCGCGACGACCCCAGUGGGGGGCAGCAGAUCGUCAUCCGCUGGGCCCAGGGGGGGCAGCGGCAGCCCGCAAAGCCGCGCUCCACCUUGCCCCGCUACAUCCACUUUACGUUGCAGAAGACGAACCGCGAGACCAUGGACUGCCUCGGCCACAUUUCGCGCGUCCUCAAGGUGCAUAACAAGGACCUGAGCGUGUGCGGGACAAAGGAUAAGCGUGCGGUCACUGUGCAGCGUGUGUCCUUCAAGCGCGGAACCUGGACUCUGGAGAAUGUGUGGAGGGCCGUCAAUGGCGUCAAGGCCGGACGGAGGACAGAGGAGGAGGCAGUGACGCGCCGCGGAGACCGCGGGACCCGGAUCGGCGACCUCUGCUAUGCCCAGAAGCCGCUCGACUUGGGCAUGCUCAAGGGUAACCACUUCACGAUUACUCUCCGGAACGUGCAGACCAGAGAUCCCGCGGCUGUCGACGCCGCCAUGGAGUCGAUCCGGGAUAAUGGCUUCAUCAACUAUUACGGCAUGCAGCGCUUCGGGACGUCUACGGUCCCCACGCACGUCACUGGUUUGCUGCUUCUGCAGCAGCGGUGGGGCGAUGCCGUUGACUCCAUUCUCUCGCUGCGCGAAGGCGAGCAUCCCGAGUGCACGCGCGGCCGGCUGGCAUGGUUGGAGGACGAGGAUUACAAGAAGGCCUUGGAGAUUAUGCCCCGCCGUUCCGUCGCCGAGCGCGCGAUCUGGGAGCACUGGAGGAAGGGCAACCUUGUCAAGGACAAGCUUGGGGCGCUGACCGCGAUCCCCCGCAACCUGCGCAGCAUGUAUGUCCACGCGUACCAGAGUUAUAUCUGGAACCUGGUAGUGUCCGCCCGCAUCAAGAUGUCCAACACGUCCGCGCUCCCCGGCGACCUAGUGUACGCCGACGGCGGUGACGACGAAGACGAGGACGGCAAAGCUCGCUCCGCCGCCACGCGCGAAGUCAAGCAGUUGACGGAGGCCGACGUCGCGAACUACCGCCUCACGGACGUGGUCAUGCCCCUGCCCGGCUGGCACAUUGAGUAUCCCGGCGGCGCGCUCGGCAAGCUGUAUGAGGACGUGCUCGCCGCCGACGGGCUGAACCCGCACAAGAUGAGGCGCGAGCAGCGCGAGUACUCGCUGCCGGGGAGCUACCGCAAGAUUGUGCACAAGCCGGCCAACGUUACGUGGGCGCAUGUCCGGUACACGGACCCCGAUGUGCCGCUCACGCAGGCGGACGAGGACCGCCUGCUCGGCCUCAAUGUGCCCGCGAAGGAUGAUCCGGAGGGCAAGUUUGGCGCGCUCAUCAUCUCGUGGUCGUUGGGCACGUCGUCGUAUGCUACGAUGGCGCUGCGCGAGAUCACGAGGCAGGAGACGUCGGCGUGGCACCAGACGGGGCUUACGGCCGAGGGGGAGGACCAGGCGCACAAGGGUGCGGCGGAGAAGGGUGAGGGUGAGGUGGAGGGAGUGGAUGCGAUGGAGGAGUGAGAGAGUGGCAAUGCAUUAGGCGUCAUUGGCUGUCGGUCUGCUAUGAGAGGUUAUGUGCAGGACCGGAACAUUGGAGAGGAUACGGUGCGGAGGUGGACGGCUGCUUGGUCUCUAGCUGCCCCGUAACUCACCGCAGAGUCGAAGUGUGCAUAUCCAAAAAGCCAUCUAAUGGCAAGAACCU